GUAAACUUAUAACAGAACUGUUCUUUAACGAUUAAUUAAUUGUAUUUAACAUUGUGAGAAGACAUGCAAUCACCACUUUGGAUUAUAGUGUUAUAUAUUUGGAAUUUUAUACCUGUGAUGUUGUCAGAAGUAAACAACAAUAACAAACAAACAAAGGCAUUCUGCCACAAUGAAAAAAAGAUCAUUAAAUCAGACUUUGAUUGUGACGUUGAAAAUAUAAAAGUUACUGUAAAGCGACAUCAUAAUCAUGUAGAACAAUGCCAUUGGAAUCACGGAAAAGUGAGGUGUAUUAAUGGGAAUUACGAUGAAACCAGUAAAUCUCUGCGAUUCAGUUUCACUUUUCAUCUGGAAAAACAUGCAGGAAAACAGUUGGAAAUACAUACCAUGUGUAAAAAUAGAAGCCAUGUCAAAAAAACUUAUAUUAUGAUACCAUGUCGUUCAGAAUUUACGGUUUCUGCCACCUACAACAAAGGGUACACAUUUUUGACCUGCCAACAUAAAUUCUUCACUUUGUCAUCAGAGGGAAUCCAUAUAAAGAGGAAGGAAGAGGACGACUUCAUCGUCACCUGUACAUGGAAUAGAGGAAUAUUAAAACCACAGUGUCAAACAAACGAACAAGGAUACGCCGACAAAAAUGGAAUACACAAUUAUAAAGCGAAGUAUCCAGGACAGUACCAGUGCGUGAUGGGUGGACAGAUCAUCGACAUUCCGUACACAGAUGUCCCCACAUCCACAGGGACUACAACAAAGAAACCAAACAGCUGGAGCGAGACCAGAAACGCAUCACUUGGUACAAGCAGCGGAUGUACGAGACUUUCUCCUACACAACUACUCUUCCUGAUACCACUGUUUAUAACUUUUGUGCCUACAAUCACAGAAUGUGGAUAUCUUAUUCUGCCAAGUUGAAAAACAACAUUGUGUUGUAGAAAAAAAGUGAAGGUUUCCCAUACCUUUGGACGUUCAUGCAAGGAAAAAAUUCUUCGUUAUAGAAUGUCAUAAGCAUGAUAGCAUGAAUUACAAUUUCAAAGAUUAGCUAUAUGAUAAAAAUAUCAGUGUUCUUUACUAUGAUGAAAAAUUAUGUUCACGAUGAAACUAAAUACAUUUUUAUUGAUAAAAAGUAAACAUGCUGGACCCAAGUCCUUUUAUAGCGAUGAAAAAAUGGGUUCAACCCAAAAUCUCCUAUCUUCUCUACUAUUAUCAUGAACACACUGCGGUCAUGUCCAGUUGACAGCGAAUGCUUAAAAUACCUGGUACCUGAUCUCUUUUUUUUAUUGUUUUUGUUCUCCAUUAAAACCCAGCUGUUGAUUUUUUUAUGUUCGUCCUUUCAAUAUUUUAUUCAUUACUGAAGCGCAUUGCAUCAUGAAAUACAUUUUCCUUUUUUAGUCAAAAAAUUGCAAAACCGUCAAUAUUCGAUACCAAAAUGACUAUGAUAAAAUGUUGUUUGCAUUACUUUUUCAAUCGACCAUUUUAAAGACACGCUUUAAAGAUAUUCAUGACAAUGCUUAGAAUUCUUGUGUUUAUGAAUGGUGUUAAACUGUUA